CUUCCUGGUCGGCGAGGGCCUGUUUGAGAGGAGACAGGACCCUUUGGAAAUAAGAAUAAGGGACGACGAGGACCCCUCAUCGGAUCAUGGGUAUUAUUCAUCUCAAGCAUUCGGAUUGGACUGUCCAGAUAGAGAUAUUAGACUGUCUGCAGACAUUCGAUAGGGAAGAGGCAUUACUUGUACGACUCGUGGUUCCCUUCCUGCCACAGACUUUAUCCCACGACUCCAUCCAUCUGUCGGUCUGUCCAUCAUACUCCACCAAGAUCUGCCUGUUAUUGCGUCGUGCCCGACCUCCUGCCUGCACUGCAGCCCUUCAUCGCUUCAUCGAAAGUGCUGUCUUGUGGCGUCACCUCCUUUCAGCGCAACGAACUGAGACAUUGGGAGACGCGCCCAAUUUGCCCCAAACUACCAACACUUCACCUCAGUCACGUCACUAUUUGCUUCUUCUUCUGCUUCCUACGGCUCCAAGUACCUACCCCCUUUGCAGCUUCGCUCCCAAUAUCCAAAGCAGCAGCACGCCGCACCAACAAGUCCAGACCAAAGCACCAUCGCCCGCAGGCGCACCGCACUACCUCACCUCACCUCACCAGCGCGCAAUCAGUUACCUCAGAGCUCUGGGCACCUCGUCGCUUGUGUAACUGAUCGACGCUCGGCCUGGCCCAUUCCAGCAUCCUGACAAGCUACGAACCCAUCGUCUCAUUUCCCAACUCCCGGUUUUUCAACAACGCGCACCACACAUAUCAUCCCCCACCCGUCCCCCUUCCACUGCUUCUUUUUAAACCCCCUGUCCCUUGACCUUCUUUUCUCUUCCCGCCCACCGUCCAGACUCCAAGUGUCCACG